AUGUUACGUUAUUCUUUCUUUCUUUCUUUCUUUCUUUCUUUCUUUCUUUCUUUCUUUCUUUCUUUCUUUAUUAAUAUCUUUGUUUCUUUCCUUGCUUCCACUUCUAUGUUACGUUAUUCUUUCUUUCUUUCUUUCUUUCUUUCUUUCUUUCUUUCUUUCUUUCUUUCUUUCUUUUCUUUCCUUUCUACCUUCCUUCCUUACAACUCUUUUUUUUCUAUCACUUUUCUUUUUAGUUUAUUAAUAUCUUUGUUUUCUUUCCUUGCUUCCCACUUCUAUGUUACGUUAUUCUUUUCUUUCUUUCUUUCUUUCUUUCUUUCUUUCUUCUUUCUUUUCUUUCUUUUUCGUUUCCUUUCUACCUUCCCUUCCUUACAACUUUUUUCUAUCACUUUUCUUUUAGUUUUAUUAAUAUCUUUGUUUCUUUCCUUGCUUCCACUUCUAUGUUACGUUAUUCUUUCUUUCUUUCUUUCUUUUCUUUCUUUCUUUCUUUUCUUUCUUUCUUUCUUUAUUAAUAUCUUUGUUUCUUUCCUUUGCUUCCCUUCUAUGUUACGUUAUUCUUUCUUUCUUUUUUCUUUCUUUCUUUCUUUCUUUCUUUCUUUCUUUCUUUCUUUUAUUAAUAUCUUUGUUUUUUCCUUGCUUCCCACUUCUAUGUUUACGUUAUUCUUUCUUUCUUUCUUUCUUUCUUUCUUUCUUUCUUUCUUUCUUUCUUUCUUUCUUUCGUUCCUUUCUACCUUCCUUCCUUACAACUCUUUUUUUCUAUCACUUUUCUUUAGUUUAUUAAUAUCUUUGUUUCUUUCUUGCUUCCACUUCUAUGUUUACGUUAUUCUUUCUUUCUUUCUUUCUUUCUUUCUUUCUUUCUUUCUUUCUUUCUUUCUUUCUUUUGUAUCUUUGUUUCUUUCCUUGCUUCCACUUCUAUGUUACGUUAUUCUUUUUUCUUUCUUUCUUUCUUUCUUUCUUUUCUUUCUUUCUUUCUUUCUUUCUUUAUUAAUAUCUUUGUUUCUUUCCUUGCUUCCACUUCUAUGUUUACGUUAUUCUUUCUUUCUUUCUUUCUUUCUUUCUUUUCUUUCUUUCUUUCUUUCUUUCUUUAUAAUAUCUUUGUUUCUUUCCUUGCUUCCACUUCUAUGUUACGUUAUUCUUUCUUUCUUUCUUUCUUUCUUUCUUUCUUUCUUUCUUUCUUUCUUUCUUUUAUUAAUAUCUUUGUUUCUUUCCUUGCUUCCACUUCUAUGUUACGUUAUUCUUUCUUUCUUUCUUUCUUUCUUUCUUUCUUUCUUUCUUUCUUUCUUUCUGUUCCUUUCUACCUUCCUUCCUUACAACUCUUUUUUUCUAUCACUUUUUCUUUGUUUUAUUAAUAUCUUUGUUUCUUUCCUUGCUUCCACUUCUAUGUUACGUUAUUCUUUCUUUCUUUCUUUCUUUCUUUCUUUCUUUCUUUCUUUCUUUCUUUCUUUUUCUUUCUUUAUUAAUAUCUUUGUUUCUUUCCUUGCUUCCUUCUAUGUUUACGUUAUUCUUUCUUUCUUUCUUUCUUUCUUUUCUUUUCUUUCUUUCUUUUCUUUCUUUCUUUCUUUCUUGUAUAUCCCAUCAUUUUCCUAUCUAUCUAUCUAUCUAUCUAUCUAUCUAUCUAUCUAUCUAUCUAUCUAUCCUACAUUAAUUCUCAUUUAUCUAUCUAUCUAUCUAUCUAUCUAUCUAUCUAUCUAUCUAUCUAUCUAUCCUACAUUAAUUCUCAUUUAUCUAUCUAUCUAUCUAUCUAUCUAUCUAUCUAUCUAUCUAUCUAUCUAUCUAUCUAUCCUACAUUAA